AUGUACACUCUUCUGGUUGCAGCUCUUUUACUGGCCAUAAUCGCUCUCUUAUUCGUUGUGGCACCCUACAUCUACAGGAGGCGUUGUACAUCGAAAUUUAUUAAAACCAUUUGCUGCCAAGGCCCAAAGUACUCAGUGGAUAAUGAUGCAGCGAAUGCUUGUGAAGCUGAGCCCAAUACCGCUAAAGCUAAACCAAAACGUCUGCACUCACUGGACACUUUCCGAGGGUUCGCCCUGACGGUGAUGGUUUUUGUGAACUAUGGUGGAGGAGGCUACUGGUUCUUUCAACAUGCCCCAUGGAAUGGUCUAACUGUGGCAGAUCUUGUCAUGCCAUGGUUUGUGUUCCUUAUCGGGGCUUCAGUGGUGUUGGCUUUCAAAUCCAUCCUGAGGAAAGGAGUUAGCCGCGGAGAGCUUCUGCGUAAAAUCACCCGGAGAACAGUCGUCCAACUGAUGCUCGGCUUCUGCUUCAUCAACUACUCUCCAAGGGACGGACCACUGUCCUGGUCCUGGCUGAGGAUCCCUGGAGUGCUACAGCGUCUUGGCUUCACCUACUUUGUUCUGUCUCUCUUGCAGACUUUCUGGGGCCAGAAAGAAAUCCCACUGAGAGCGCAUCACUGGUGGAACCCUGUCCAGGAUGUGGUCCUUUAUUGGCCACAGUGGCUGAUUAUCAUCCUCCUAGAGACUUUGUGGCUCUGCAUCACAUUUCUCAUGCCUGUACCCAACUGCCCCACAGGGUAUUUGGGAGCUGGUGGAAUCGGUGAUAACGGUCUUUACCCAAACUGCACUGGAGGCGCAGCAGGGUACGUCGACAGAUGGAUGUUUGGUGAUAACAUGUAUCGAUACCCCACAUGCAAAGAAAUGUAUCACACCACACAACCUUUUGACCCAGAGGGGCUUCUGGGUACAAUCAACUCCAUUGUCAUGGGAUUCUUGGGGAUGCAGGCUGGGAGAAUUAUCAUUUUCUACAAGGGGGCGAACCUCCACAUCCUCUGUCGAUUCCUAGUGUGGGCCAUCAUUCUGGGAAUCUCUGCAGCCAUCCUUUCUAAGUGCACACGAGACGGAGGAUUUAUACCUGUCAAUAAAAACCUUUGGUCGCUGUCCUAUGUGAUGUGUAUGGGCUGUUUCUCCUUCCUGCUGCUGGGAGGCAUGUACUUUAUCACUGAUGUGAAGGGCUGGUGGGCUGGACAGCCCUUCAUAUACCCAGGGAUGAACUCCAUCUUUGUAUAUGUUGGCCACUCUCUACUGGGUUUCUACUUUCCGUUCAGUUGGGAAAUGCGCUUCCAGGAGAGCCACUGGGAGUGGCUCUUCCAGAGUCUGUGGGGGACAGCUCUGUGGGUGCUCAUUGCUUACAUGCUGUACAGGAAAAACUUCUUCCUCAAAAUAUAA